ACGUGCCUCCAGCCCUCCCCUUCUUCUUCACCACACAGGUUUUAUAUUUACUUUGCAUGCUGUACAGUAAUAGGCUUCAUGGUUCAGUAAUGACUGCGCCAGCUUCAUGUUAGUGCGUCAUCCUCUCGGCUCUUAACAAGGUCUAAUAAUGAGCGAUCGGAGAAGAAAAACAUUGAAAACAAUACUUCAGUUGACGUGUCAACUUCUGUGGGUGUUGGGGUUGGUGGUGGGCCUGAGUGGAAUCUACCUGCUGAUGAAGUACAGACAGAGCAGCAUAUUUUUCUCUCACAGCUACAUCACCCUGCCAGCUGUCUUCGCUCUCACCAGCGCUGCGUUCCUCUUGGCCAGCGGUUUCCUCGGCUCCCUGCUGAGCCUCAGGGAUUCCACCUUUCUGCAGGGACUGUUUGUUUAUCUGCUAGUUUUGGUCUUUUGUCUGGAAAGUACGGCUUCAGCGUUGGCUUAUUUUCACUCUACAAAGCUGGAUUCAGAGAUAGCUCCCCUCAGUGGAGUGUUUCAGAAAUACACAGGCAGCAGCCAGGACCCCAACUCUCGAGCUGUGGAUGCUACACAAGAAGAGUUGCAGUGUUGUGGUAUCCAUGACUACAGGGACUGGAUGGAAACCUCCUGGUUUAACCGCACUGGAGGACUCUGGGUUCCUCACAGCUGCUGCAACUCUACUUUCCCCUCCUGCAACGGCACUGUGGACCAGCCCUUGCAGCUUUACACAAAGGGCUGCCAGGUGAAGCUGGAGAUGAGCUUACAGUUUGUGCUGAGUUUUAUCAUCUGGGGCUCCCCGCUGGUUUUCCUGGUGGAGGUUGUUUUGUUUGUGAAUGUGGCACAGCUGAUGAGGGACCAACCACUGAUGGAUUAUCAAGUACUGGGCAAAAACUAAAGAUACUGUGACAGAUGGGACAGCAUUGUACUUUGCACAGAUACUGUACUACUGCAUAGUACAAUAUGUCAUAUUGUAUCAUGGAAAUCAAAUUAUUAUCAGGAUUGCUGUUAGAAUAAUCAUUCCUGAGCUGCACACCUCUCACCUGCCCCACUACUGCUGAUUAAUACAUGUUUAUUCCAGUGCACUUACAAAACAUGUGACAUAAAAGUGAUGAAAUAUAUUUUGUGUAAUGCAGUUGUAUUGUGAAUUAUUGCUAUUUCUGACACAAAAAAGAUGCAGAUGGUUUAUGGAAAGCUGUUUACUGCUUUACUGUAUAACCAUUCAGUCUAUGUAUUUGUAGACUCAACAAUGUUGUAUGAUAAAUUCUCAGUGAUGAGUCACAUCUUCUGUUUAGUGAAAAAGACUUCAGGUUGAAGGUACAGGUCUCUUUUUGCCAACCGGUGCCUGAGCUCUGUUAAACAAAUCAUGAUAUGUGAUAUGAUGGUUUGUGUAUGGUUACAUUGUGUUGCCCUUGAUUAUUGAUUGUCUGUGUGUUAUUACUGCAUACAGAGCAUUUUUUUUUAACUGUUUCUAUUAUAAUGUUUUUGUAAUAUUUGUCGGAAAUUGACAAAUCUUCUGAAGGGACAAUAAACUAAACUAAACCUAA